UUAAAACUGAUUUCAGUUCCUGUGUUGUUACAGCAAAACUCAUACUAUAAUUUUUUAAUCCAUAAAAGCUUCCCUCUCUUUAUCUCGUUUGAGUCAAAACCAACCUCCAUAGAAACGGACACUCCAUCCGUGACAUUCCUCUGUGACUUUGUCUCUCUGUAAAUAUCUCUAUUUUUAUUUUUAGUUUUAUUGUUUAUUUUGGAUAAUACCCUUAUUUUUAAUUUUUAAUUUUAAUUUAUUCUUAGCUUUCACGAGAUGCUUGAACUUAUUGCUUCAUUCUUUGUAUUCUUUCUUUGCUGGUAACUUGUUCUCUGCGUAUAUAUAUAGAGCUUUAGACUUUGAGAGUUCACAUGUGUUUAAGCUUUGAACUUUUCAAACCUUCUAUUGUUGUCUUUUAUUGAGGUUGAAGUGUGUGCUUUUGGGGUCUUGUUGGAAUUUGUUUUCAUCAAGUUUAGAUUUUGGCUUCUGGGUAUUGUUCAAAAUUGUCUCUCUCUUUUUUUUUAUUGCUUUCUGGGGUUUUCGUAAUACUUCAUGUUUUGAUUGUUUUGUGUAGAAUUUCAGCCCAAGAUGUUUGAUUUGAGUUCUUUUGAUGCUUGUUUUACUUGAACUUACUCAAAUUCUGGGAAUUUCUGAAUCUGGGAAACUCAUGUUUGUGAAUAUACUGGUUCUGUGAUCUUGAUGAACUUAAAUUGUUAGUUUAGUGAUUAGUACUUAAUUAAAUUAACUUUUGGAGAUUUUUAAUCUGAAUUUUGAUAAUAAUGAAGGUUAUUGUGUGCUUUAAAGUUUUGAUUUUGUUUCUCUUAUCUGGUUUGACUCUGGGCAAGGAGUGUACAAACACUCCUCCACAGCUCUCAUCUCACACUCUUAGAUAUGAACUGUUGUCAUCCAAAAAUGAAUCAUGGAGAGAAGAGAUGUUCUCUCAUUACCAUUUGACGCCAACCGAUGACUCGGCUUGGUCUAAUUUGUUACCAAGAAAGAUGUUGAGUGAGGAGAAUGAAUAUAGUUGGGCCGUGAUGUACAAAAAAAUGAAAAAUCCGGGCGGAUUUAAAAUGGUUGGAGGUUUUCUCAAGGAAGUGUCGCUACAUGAUGUAAAGUUGGAUCCGAGUUCAUUGCAUUGGCGGGCACAACAAACAAAUUUGGAGUAUCUACUGAUGUUGGAUGUGGAUAGUUUGGUUUGGAGCUUUCGAAAAACUGCUGGUUUGCCAACGCCAGGGAAGGCAUAUGGAGGUUGGGAAGACCCAACUACCGAGCUCCGUGGUCAUUUUGUAGGGCAUUACUUGAGUGCAUCAGCAAAUAUGUGGGCAAGCACUCACAAUGAUAGCCUUAAACAGAAAAUGUCAGCUGUGGUGUCUGCUCUAUCUGUUUGUCAGAAGAAACUAGGCACUGGAUAUCUCUCUGCUUUUCCAUCUGAGCUAUUUGACCGUUUUGAAGCAAUAAAACCUGUCUGGGCUCCUUAUUACACCAUUCACAAGAUCCUUGCAGGCUUAUUGGAUCAGUAUACAUUUGCUGAUAAUUCUGAAGCUUUAACCAUGACAACAUGGAUGGUUGAGUAUUUUUACAAUCGUGUUCAGAAUGUAAUAACAAAGUAUACUGUGGAAAGACACUGGUACUCACUUAAUGAAGAAACUGGAGGCAUGAAUGAUGUGCUUUACAGAUUAUUCACUAUAACGCAAGAUCCAAAGCAUUUACUGUUGGCUCAUCUGUUUGACAAACCAUGCUUUUUGGGAUUGCUUGCAGUACAGGCUGAUGAUAUAUCUGGUUUCCAUGCCAAUACACAUAUCCCAGUUGUAAUUGGAUCUCAAAUGCGGUAUGAAGUCACUGGUGAUCUACUUUACAAGGCGAUGGGUACAUUCUUCAUGGACGUUGUCAACUCUUCUCACAGUUAUGCAACUGGAGGAACAUCAGUUGGAGAGUUCUGGUCAGACCCAAAGCGAUUGGCAGGCACUCUAGAGACUGAGAAUGAAGAAUCGUGCACAACUUAUAACAUGCUGAAGGUCAGCCGUCAUCUGUUUAGAUGGACAAAAGAAAUGGCAUAUGCAGAUUAUUAUGAACGUGCCUUGACAAAUGGUGUGCUUGGCAUCCAACGAGGAACGGAGCCUGGAGUAAUGAUUUACAUGCUUCCACUAGGCCGUGGAGCUUCAAAGGCCAAAAGCUACCAUGGUUGGGGAACGAAGUUCAACUCUUUUUGGUGCUGUUAUGGCACAGGAAUUGAAUCAUUCUCAAAGUUGGGAGAUUCAAUAUAUUUUGAAGAGGAAGGAGAUUCUCCUGGUGUUUACAUUAUCCAAUAUAUAUCAAGUUCAUUUGACUGGAAUUCUGGACAGAUUGUUCUGAAUCAGAAAGUUGAUCCUGUCGUUUCAUGGGAUCCUUUCCUUCGCAUGACAUUGACAUUUUCUUUGAAGGAGGGCGGGAGCAAAUCAUCUUCCUUGAAUUUGCGGAUACCGACUUGGACACAAUCAAAUGGUGCCAAGGCAACAUUAAAUGGCCAGAGUUUAACUCUACCGGCUCCAGGUAACUUUUUAUCUGUCUCUAAAAAGUGGAGCUCUGGUGACAAAUUAACCCUUGAACUGCCCAUUACUCUAAGAACAGAGGCUAUUAAAGAUGACCGGACUGCAUAUGCUUCUGUUCAGGCAAUACUAUAUGGUCCUUAUCUGCUUUCGGGUCACACCAGCGGGGACUGGGACAUCAAUACUCAGUCAGCUACAUCUAUUUCUGACUGGAUAACUCCAGUUCCCGGUUCAUAUAAUGCUCAACUAGUUACUUUUUCACAAGAGUCUGGAAACUCAACUUUCGUCUUAACAAACUCCGAGCAGUUGAUUACAAUGGAAAGUUAUCCUGAAUCUGGCACCGAUGCUGCUCUACAUGCAACUUUCAGACUGAUCUUGGAGGAACCAUCUUCCUCAAAACUUUCAUCUUUCAAAGAUGUUAUUGGCAAGUCAGUCAUCCUAGAACCUAUCGAUUUUCCCGGAAUGCUUAUAGCACAGCAAGGAGAUGGUGAACUUGUGGUCACAAAUUCUCCUAGUGAUGGGGGCUCUUCUAUUUUCCGCUUGAUUGCUGGAUUAGACGGAAAGCCUGGAACAGUAUCCUUGGAGUCCAAAAGCCAAAAGGGCUGCUAUGUGUAUAGUGGUGUGAACAUAAAGUCAGGCGCAGGCAUGAAGCUCAGCUGCAGUACAGAGUCAUCAGAAACUGGAUUUAACCAGGCAGCUAGUUAUGUAAUGGAAAAAGGAACAAGUCAGUAUCAUCCAAUCAGCUUCGUGGCAAAAGGCGCAAAGAGGAAUUUUCUUCUGGCACCAUUACUGAGCCAAAGAGAUGAAUUUUAUACUGUUUAUUUCAACAUUCAAGCUUAACCGCCAAUGAUGCAUCGACAGGAAAAUAAACAAUCCUUGCUUUUCUCAGACUGGCGACACAUUCCGCCUCACCGCUUUUCUCAAACAUUUUGUGGUCUGCAAUGGCUAAAGUCAGAUUUCAUUUACAUGCUUAAGCCUGACAAAAUAAUAUAGGGAGUAGACUAAAAUCCCACCAGGAAGAAAUAGCCAUUAGGAAAACAGAAUCCUGGUGUUAGUCUUGUUAUUUCUUGUAAUCUUAUAUUCUUGUAAUCUGGGGUUCAGUUUAGUUUCAUCCAUGCCAUAUGAAAAAUUUACUGCAAUAAUAAGACAUUUCAAAGAUGGUGCUCUUUUUUUA